GAGAUGCUGAAGUAGCCUUAAAGCAGUACCUUUCUCAUGGACCUCAAAGAUAUCUGGCUACAAAAGGCAUCCGAGUGAUGAACAGCGAGUAAAAUAGUUUGCGCUUUACAUUUGAUGUCCCGAGAACUGAUUAUAAAUUUGUCUAAACCUUUGGUUUUGUAUCAUGCAAUAUGCCAUAAUUGUACUUUGACUGAUCUGAUGUCACGCCGGCGCGUAGCGGGUUAGCGUUUGUUCAUGGCCACCGAGCACCCAACCAAGGGACAAUUUAGUAUAACGAAUACAGAAAAAUUAGUAAAUUUAAGUCAUGAUCACGAUCAGUCUACAACCGAUUCUCACCUAAGACUAAAUGGUUGCCUCGUUAAUAAGGACAACCCAUGGGUUCGAGCCCCAUGUUCAUCUGGUGAUGGUUCUGACUCGACUACAUCUCAUGAAGGUGUUUGUAGCAAAGAUCGAGAUUGGCCAACUCUUCAAAGUGCUCUAUCACAAGUCUCACAAUGCACCACUAGUACUUUCGAUGUAUGCUCUAAACAAAAAGAUAAAAAUAAACAAAAGUUCACUGCGGUUGGUUCUUGUCAGAUAGAUUUGGGCACCAAACCCAUUACAAAUCAUCAAAAGAAGAAAUGGGAACAAGCCACUGUUGAGUACAUUUUCCCGAAACCUAAUAGCACUGAUGGAUUUGUCGGUUAUCGGUCAGAUUCGCACCGGUGGAACCGGUCAGGUGAACACGAUAAGGAAAAUUAUCAUAACGGGAAAUCAAAGAUUGGAUCUAAUAGUUCUGUCGAUAAGGAGAGCUUAAACCCAAGCCAAAAUAAUCUUGUUCACUCGGGAACAAGACCUCGUCCGUUCGUUCGCCAUAUGCGGUUCUCAAAAUCUGGUCGCCCUCAACGCCGACAGCAGACAUCUGGCACCCCUGUAACAGCAGCAAACCGUGGCAUACCUGGCCCGAAAAAUUCAGAACAAAUUUACUCUCCAACCAAUUUAUGGGUUCCAAGUGACAUCAGUCAGGCUGCAAACUUGGGUCGCAUGACAACUCAUGGUCGUUCGGCUCCGGGGAAGCUUAACAACGUGCCUCACCUAAUUCCUAUUCCACUCUAUGGGUCAGUACCCCAGACUUCUCCCUUAUCGCCUUCAUUUCUUUCAGCUGUUGGAUAUCCCCUCUUGAUGAUAUAUCCGACGGGACCUUUAUCAGCACCAGCGACAUCAGGAGUUUCUGAUCCUGUUUACGAUUAUUCGGUUAACUGUCAAACAUCACAUUCAUCAUCAGUUGGUGUUUCAAGUGUAUCACAACAACGGUCAACUGAUUCAUCAGAAUCUAACCGUAUAGAACCUCAAGUUUUCAGUCCACCUUUAGGUACUGAUUUAAACAAUGUUUUCUCUUCCUUAUUUCCGGGAACAACCAUCGCCCAACCUGCUAGUUUGUGUUUCCUUGCGUCGUCGAGUAGUGAUCCAACGAUUUUAAUACGCCAUCAAAUAUUGCAUCAAGUCGAAUUUUACUUUAGUCCAGAUAACUUGGCCAAAGAUGUGUAUCUUCGUCGGCAAAUGGAUUCUGAUGGAUGGGUUGAUGUCAAUGUAAUUGCCAAGUUUAAUCGUGUGGCCUCAUUAUGUACAGAUCUUAAUGAUAUUUUGGAGGCAAUUAGAGUUAGUCCAUUAUUAGAUGUGGAUGUCCCUAAAGCUCGUGUCCGAUGCAAAAACAAUCCAUCGAUUUGGCCCCUUCCUCUUGUUUCGAAUGAAAAACUUCGAAUCAGUUCUGGGAACAAAACAGUUCUUAACCCAAAUGCUCCCGAAUUCAUCCCAUCCCAAUCGAUCGCAAACACAGAUCAAACAGAAUCAUCCCUCGAACCUGUAACAAAGUCAGGUGCUACCCCCAUCACAUCAACACAAGAAGAUUUGAACUUUUCCUUUUCAAAUGAAUUGCGUUCUGUCUACAGUAAUCUACCGCCGCAUUCUUCGGCAUCAAAACGCACCCGAUCAAGUUUUUCCGAAUGUGAUAAGUACUCUUCUAUUUAUCAUUGCCGAACAAGAACAUCAUCCACUAACUCGGAAGAUGAUUUGGACGAUUCUAUGCUUUCUUGUUUAUUGGUGAUUGCUCCAAACACAUCUCAUGAUCCUUUACCAUCUAGUUGCAGUAACUUGGAUGAUGAUUCAAGGAAUGAAAGUUCUAAACCUUCGAAAUUUCCUUCCGUUACCAACAGUUCUACCGACGAAUCUGUUGAAACUACUAUUGAUGACCUUUGCAAAGCUAUUGAAGAAUCCAAUGUCCAUACUGAAUCGAAUUUCACAGAAUCCAAUCUAGCCAACGUUAUCAAAGAAAAGACUUCCACGUGUACAGAAAUAUUUUCUACUUCAUCCACUUCCUAUACUACAACCACAACUAUCUGUCGUAACAGUCCUCUUGUACAGCUUGAUGUACCUGUCUCUGAAGUUUCGGCGCACUCCUCCGUCCCAGUAUCAUCAAAUCCACUUUAUUCAGAAUCCUGUUUGUCAUACGUGCAUCCCUCAAUUCCUGGUCCGGUUACGUAUACUGUAAUACCGACAGCUACCGCUUUGCACCCACAGACUGGACUUAUAUUGCCGACUCUUAGUCGAAAUCCGUUUUUAGUACCCUCAACUCCAAUGUAUUACAUUCCUCAAAUUAGCGCUUUGCCUUUGGUUUCUCCAGUAGACAAUCUAUUUCCUCAAAUUCCUAUAUGUCAACCAUUACCGUCUUUCCUAAAUUAUGAUCAAAGUUAUCUAUCAUUUCCUGACAUAAAAUACGACCUUAAAGGUCGUUCUGUUGGAUUUUUCCCCGUUUCCAGUGACUAUGACUUAAAAGCAAAUGAGUCAACCGAUUAUACACAACCCGAUAAUCCUCCGACUGCGGAAACAGAAAGCUUGUCAUCUAGUAAGAAGAAACAUGUUGGGUUUCUUUUUCGCCCGGUUUCUGCUGCUCGUACCCAUUUAGAUGUCUCCUUGAGUGGAGGAUUCCCAGUUGCUCAUCACCCACAUCAUCUUCAGCAAAGGGGUUUCACAUUUCAUGCCUACAAUCAGUUUCGUUCCAAAUGUCUGAAAGACCGAGAAGCUAAAGGGAAAGGUCGAUCACAGGAAAUGAAUACUCUUUAUAGCUUUUGGUCAUUUUUUCUACGUGAACACUUCAAUCGAACUAUGUAUAAAGACUUUCGUAAACAUGCAUUAGACGAUGCCAAAGAGAAUGCGAGAUAUGGACUGGAGUGUUUGUUUCGAUUUUACAGUUAUGGAUUAGAGCGUCAUUUUCGUAAAGCUAUUUUCAAGGAUUUUCAAGAGGAAACUCUAAAAGACUAUGAUAAUGGUCAUUUAUAUGGAUUAGAAAAAUUUUGGGCUUUUCUACAUUAUAGUCAACGCAAAGUAAAAUUGGAUACACGUUUACAGAGCUUGUUGGAUUCAAAAUAUCGUACUUUAGGAGAUUUCAGAGUGAAUUUUGAACCACCUACUGGCUUUUUUAUAAACAAAUCACGUCGUCGAACCAAAUCAGAGUCAAUAUCAACAUGUCAAACUAAACCGAUAUUAGGUAGUAGAACACCUCCUGUCGAAUUCCAUUCAAGUAGAAUAUCUUGAUACUUCAUAGAAGAGAAGAAAAACAUAUAUAUAUAUAUAUAUAUAUAUAUAUAUAUAUAUAUAUAUAUAUAUAUAUAUAUAAUACCCCCUCUCUAUAUAUAUUAGUUUUCUAAAUUCCAUCAGAAAACUAUUUGUUCUCCAACAACAACAACAAAAGACAAUCUAUUCUGUUUGCUUUCAAUUCAUUCAUUGGUUUUCUAACAUUCAUUGUUCAUAGAAAAUUGAAUAGAAGAAACAUUCAAAAAGUCAUAUCUGUCACUCCGGUGUUAUCAUUUAUUUUAAUAAAAUUAUUAUUAUUAUUAUGGUCACCAUUGUCAUCAUUAUCAUUGACUAUUUAUCAUGAUUAGUAUUACUCCUACUACUCCUACUACUAGACUAUUAUUAUUGUUGUUUUGUAUAUAAUUAACAUGAAUAAUUCUUAUUCUUCACAUUAUUAUUCGCUAAAGAAAAAAGGGGACGUUCUUUUUCUUCUUCACUUCGGGUAAAUUUUUUAAUGGAUUAUUGAAUUAUCGUUGACAAUUUGUAACUUCUUUACUUCAAUGUUAAAUUGAUCUAUAAAUACUUAAAUGAUUUUGAGGAUAAUAAAGAAGAAGUAGAAGAAGGAGGCGAAGGAUGAGGAGGUAGAGUCUAUACACUAAACUAACUAGUUAACUAACUACCCAGUCUAAUUUGUUUUUCAUUUUAUUCUUUAAUUAACUAUAAACUAGUCGUUAUCUGUCUCUUCUUACAUUCUAUUUAAUCUAUUUCCUCAACCUCCAACCCCCCCCCCAUUUUUUUUAGUUUGCUACUAAUUUAGUUUUAUGAAUAUACAUAUAAAUAUGGGCUUGGAUUUAUAGUCUUUUUCUUUGUCUAUUGUUUUGUUGAAUUAAUUUUCAUCUUAUCAAUAUGAUGAUACUUUUGAUUUGACAACUUAUGAACAAUUCAUUGUUCAUAGUAUUGGUUAUUUAGAUGGUGGAUUGUUUACAGUCUGUUUGAAUCAUGGUGUUCCUUUUUUUGUUGCUGCCGCUGCUGUUGUUGUUGGAAGAUAUUGUUUCUUUACCCUUUUUAUUUAGCUUCUCUUAAACAUAACCGAAUAAUACUUCUUUCACAUGACUUUCUAUUAUUAAAGUCAAUUUGAUUUGAUAUACUCUAUGUCACAAUUUGAUAGUGUGUGUUCAUUUUGUUUGUGUUUUGUUUUUCCAUUAUCAUGAAUAGAGUAUAUAUUUCAUGCACUUUUGUUUACAUUCUUCUUCUUCUCUAUCACUAUGAUUAGAUUUGAUGUCUGCCAUCCCAUAUGCUAUUCUAUUGUUUUAGAUGCUUAUAAAGCAUAUAACUAAAUACUGCAAUCUGUUGUAUUUACUGUCAAUCCUUAAAUUAUUUUACUCUUAUGUUUCCAUGAACAUUCUUUUACUUUUUCCUUCAUUGAUUAACUAUAAACACAUGAGUAUAGUUUUGGUGUAGAUAUGCGUUCAUCUAAGUUUCCAUAUUUGAUCAGCACUACAAGAUUGAAAUCAGAAAAAAGAAAUCAAAAUAAUACAGUAGCCAUGAAGAAUAGUAA